AUGGCCCGGAGCAGAGCCGUGGUUCUGCGGUGCCCGGAGGUCCCCAUGUUGCACGAUUUCCACUCCUACCUGUAUCAGCCAGACUGGAGAUACACGGAGAGCCAGGAGAAGGACAAGCAAGUGCUGGAGGACUUCCCAACGAUCUCCUUGGAGUUCAGGAGCCUGGCAAAGGUGUAUCGAGACGUGAUUGCGGACAUUUGCCACAAGAUGGGGGCUGGGAUGGCAGAGUUCUUGGAAAAGAAGGUGGACUCCCAGCACGAGUGGGAUAAGUACUGUCACUACGUGGCCGGGCUGGUUGGCAUUGGCCUGUCCCGCCUGUUCUCUGCCUCCCAGCUGGAAGACCCUGUCGUAGGGCAGGACACGGCGCUUGCAAAUUCCAUGGGCCUCUUUCUUCAGAAAACCAACAUCAUCCGGGAUUAUCUGGAGGACCAGCUGGAGGGGAGAGAGUUCUGGCCCAGAGAGGUCUGGAGCCGGUACGCCAAGAAGCUCUCGGAUCUCGCCAGGCCGGAGAACACAGACAUGGCCGUCCAGUGCCUGAACGAACUGAUCACAAACGCUCUGCACCACGUCCCCGAUGUCCUCACCUACUUAUCGAGGCUGAAGAACCAAAGCGUCUUCAACUUCUGCGCUAUUCCGCAGGUGAUGGCCGUGGCCACACUGGCUGCCUGUUACAACAACAAGCAGGUGUUCAGGGGGGUGGUGAAGAUUCGGAAAGGACAAGCGGUCACGUUAAUGAUGGAUGCCACCAACAUCCAGGCGGUCAAGGCCAUCAUGUAUCAGUACGUGGAAGAGAUCUAUCGCAAGGUCCCCAGCACGCACCCGGGGAAGGGUGGACAAACCCGGGGCCGGGGACGAGCGUUUCUGCACGUAGAAAGCAGCAGCCACUGCCAAGGUGGUGGGCGCUCGAGCAUGGGAAGCAGUGGAGGGGGGCUGGGGACUGUUUGUUCCUGGGUCGUAGGCAAUGGCAGAGCCGGGGCUGGGAGCUGAAGCAAGGUCCGCUGA